GACCUCAUCGUGAAAAGGAAGGCCCUGUCAGCAGCACACUGGCAACAAUCGCCUUUUUCUGCCAAGUGCAAGCAACGCCAGUGCGUGAAAAUUAUGUUUACAUACCGUGCACGGGACGGUUAGCUGGUUUUUUUUUGCCAAAAUCAAACGUAAGUCAGCAGGAAAACGUAACUACACCAUCUGUUAACAGUGCCAUUGAAACCGGGACCCCCGUUUGGUGAAAAGUCCCGCCAACAAUCAAGAACCGCUAUGAACGUCAACAGCAGUGGCGGAGGUAGCAAAAACCAUACCACCAGCAGCAUCGGUAACCAUCACACCUUCAACAAUAGUAUUCUCAGCAGCAAUGCCAACAAUCAACAGUACGCCAACAGCAAUGGGCAGCAGCAAACGCUCCGUAUCAGCCGUAGCAGUACCCGCAAGAAGCCUUUCCACUUCAUCUCCAACAUGUGGAAGAUGAAGAAAAUCAUCAAGUUUGAGGAUAUUAUGUUCCAUCGCGAGAUGAACUGUCGAGCUAGAUCGGAACCUUCAGUCUCUACCUACAACUGUACUAGCAAAGGCUGCCAGCGAAAGUCAUCACCCUCCUUCUCCAUGCUGAGUCUAUCGCCGGGGAAGUUCCAAAAGUCAGAUGAGCUGGAGGUAACGCGCCUACGAUUAUCGCGGAACGAUAACCCAUUCGUACAGAAGGUCCUUGCCAGUCGGGACAAUGUGACGGACGUUAUCGACGAUACGGAGUCGGAUGACGCUAUACUGAUAUUAAUGUCCGAUGAGUUUAAUGGUGAAACGGAAACCGAUCCACUAGCGUUGCCACAGGUACAUGAACACAUGAUACGGUCCCCACCGCCAACGUUUUGGCCACGUUCGCAAAAGACUGUCUUUAACUUUGGAGGUGAUGAUCAGACACAAAUCGGAACCGACAGCAUUCCAGGGGGAUCGAAACACCAACGAGCGAACCACUGCAACUACUGAAAUACUGAGGCCGAAUGGUGCUAUUUCUAAGGUACUAUUAGAGUGACAAACGCAAGAAAGAUGGCGGAGGGUACCUUACGCAAUUCUGCAAAAAACCACAAAUGCAAUUACUGUACGGGAAACACACACACAACAACAACAAAAAAUGAUGGAACGUACACAAAAAUGUUCUUAUUUUAGUCAACCGGUUGAGCAUCCAGUUAAGAAUGGUAAAACUAUGAAAACAAUUUCUUUCCUAUAACUUGUUACAACGUUUAUUAGUCAAUAUAUAAACGAUUUGUUUAAGCAAACCAA